AUGGUUGCAGCCAUGUCCGUGUCUCUCUCGGGUCCGCCGCGUGUCUCAACAAGAACUGUGUGUCCUACCCCAUCCAUACCUUCAUCCGCUGCUUCUCAGCGUCGUCGACAAUGCAGCGCUGGACCUUUAAAGGGUGUCGUGGCAAUCGUAGACGUCCGCGUUGGCGCAGACGCUCAGAUCGACUGCAGUGACGUUGUCGCGAGGAAAUUACGAGAACUUGGAGCGUCUACCGUCAAGAGAUUUACACCUAAACUCACACACGUGGUACUGAGUCAUUUUACACCUGUAUGGAAGACAAAGAUCACGAAAUGGCAGGCAGGAGGCGGUUCAAUGGCUGCAGCUGCAACGAGAUACGAACUAAAAAUUGUGUCGCAGUUGUGGGUCAAUGCCUGUUAUGUGAGUAAAAGGAGAAUGGACGAGUGUCCGUUCUUUCCUGUGAGUCAAUACAAUUUGCUAGAGAAUGUCGUUCUUCAAGCCAAUUUUAAGCUUAAUAGACGUCAGUCACUGGGAGCAGAAGAAUGGAAAGUUAGAGCAGAAGAAGAGGAAGUAGACCAGAAAAAAAAUGAUACGGAGACGAGUGUUGAUGCUGUGAAUGGAGUGGCACCAUCGACACCAUUGUCAUCAUCUUUUAGGAUAAAAAAGGAGCUGAAUGACGGAAGAAGGAAACGACGUGCACUAUCAAUGGAGCCGAUGGCAUCAGAUGCAAUAUUAAAAAUGCUUGGUACGACCGAUGCUAUGUUGGGAGAAGUAGAGAUGACGACACCAAAGCAACCAAUUCGAUGCAAAAGUGGGAGCACAUCGGUGAGGCGGAGAAAGACAUUGAACGGACCACCGUCUCAACAGGAUGAAGAUGAAGCUACAGUAUCACAAGUAAGUGGAACUGUAGAUGAAAUUGAGUUGGAGAAUGAAAAGAAGGAUGUGAUCAAGGAGACGGAAAAUAACGUGAUGGUGAUUCAGGAGAACCAAGCUAUACCUGGUCUACUGUUGAAAGAGGAUACAGCUGCCGUCGUCAUGUCAGGCUUGAGCACCACUACAUCCUCAAAAAAUAAUAGUGGAAAAUUAGAUACUUCUGACGACAAUAGUAGGAAAAAGGACCCUACAGCACGGGAAUUACGACGCCGAAACAGGACUUCACUUUCUUACGGCAGUGGAUUAACGCUUAAAUCGGGUAUCUGGUCAUGCGCAGCAUGCGGUUGCUCAAACCCUCGAACGCGCAGAAAUUGCAGAGAUUGUCAAGUCUCAAAGGGUUGUGCUAAAUCGCCGGGCGCUGAUACUAUCAAUCGUGCACCACUUGCAGCCGUCGCGAACGCUGUAGCGGGCUCACUAAAGACAUCUGCCUUACCGUCUGCAGCCGCAUUAACUCCGGCUACACCUGGAACAAAGACUUCGACUCCUACGAAGAAAAUAAGAACACCGACGAGCUCUGCCAGCGGACAAAAAACGCCUAUCAGCAGCCCAUCUGUGCUAGAACGGACACCACGGUCACUGACUCGACCAACAGCUAGCUCGGCUGCGAAAGUUUGUAGUACUCCGAGCCCGGCAUCGUCUAGAAUUACGCGGCCAACUAAAAUUUCAAGCCCUAGCUUCGCCACGAGAUCAACAACCCAAAGUCCCGCAAUUGGAAGCUUUACGUCAAGGCAGACAAUGCGUUCCUCUCUGGCGAGUGCUUCAGUCUCGACUGAUGUGCAAGUACAAAAGCAUUUAGUGAAGAAAGCACAGCAAAGACUGCCAACGAUGGCGGGCCGAUCGAGUGCCAUGGAAAUCACGCAGAACGCAGCGAGAAAGCGUGCUUACUCGCCUGUUUCCAGCAACACCUUGACAACCCCAGUCGUGAAGAAAGCGCGACGGGAUAGCAACAAGGAAAAUACUGUAAUGAAGCAUAUGGCAACUCCAGGCUCUGUGUCGGGGUUUUUGAGAAAGCAUCGGGACGUGAACUCUACCCCAAUUCCAAUGGCAAUGAAUUUUUCUAGCACAACGAAUAGAAAAACUCUACGCAAGACUCCACGCAACGUUAUAGGCAUUACGGGGGUAAGCGCAGAGACACGUGGGGUGCUGCAGUGCGCGAUUCAUGCUAUUGACGCCAACAUGUCAAAUGACUCUGGGCAUCGAAAGGCACGUGUGGUGAAGAGCGUGGACUACACUGCUGGAGUAACACACCUUAUUGUGGGCAAAGAUGCUAGACGAACUAUUAAAGUGCUUUUCGCAAUUGCUCGUGGGGCUUGGAUUGUAUCAGAAGACUGGGCUUUUUCAUCCCUUGAACAAGAGCGGUGGCUGCCGGAAGAAGACUACGAGCUGACUAUGUUCGCAAACAAACGCGCACGUGAGCAUCCAGAAUGUCGACAAAUCUUCAUGGGCAUGAAGGUUCAUGUCGGAUCCAAUGUUGAUCCAUCUCGUGAAGUCCUUCAGUCUCUAGUGCAAGUUGCAGGUGGAGAGAUUUGCAACCAGAUUUCAGUAGCAGACAUUUGCAUUUGCGGUGAUGCUUUACUGUUUCGACGAGCUCAGAGGACUGGCAUUAGAGCUGUCACCUCAAAGUGGGUGUUUGAUAGUAUUGCUGCAAUGAAGCUUGAAGAUGAUGCGAAGUAUACCGUUGCAGAACCCUUUGGUACACCUGCAAAAACUCCGACAAAAAGUCGUCGAGCUGCAGUUUCAGGGCUCGAAGCGCACUCCACUGUGCCAGAAUAA